AUGGCGUCCCGGAAGCAAGGACAAGAGCAGCCAUACUCCACCCAGCAACAGUACUAUCAGUUGCACCCGGCUCAAGCGUCGCAGUUUUCACUACACACCCCCACGGACCCAAAUCCGCCAAACUCAUCUUUUCGGUCUCCCGUGAUGGAUCAGCAACAACCUGUAACUGGGGUAGGACAACAAAGGCUACCACGGGUAUUUGAUGGGGACGAGUCGCCUGUGGAGGAGAAUUUCAAUGAACAGUUGCGGGUUCGCGAACAGCAGCUGCCUGAAGUGGUGGAGCAAGAGCAGUCGCGGUUAGAAUACUCUGUGCCAGAGGGUAUUGAGGAUAAUCAUCAGCCCCAAGGUCACGAACAGCAGUACCAAAGCCCGCAGCACCAGUAUCAGAGCCAAGAGCAGUACCAAGACCACGAACAGCAGUACCAGGGUCACCGUCAGCAGCAGUACCAAGGUCAAGAACAGUACCAGCAGCAGCACCAAUCGCAGCCCCAAGCACAAGAUCUGCAGUAUCAGCAAUCCUCAUCAUCACCACCUCCACCAACUGAUUACCUCCACCAGUACCAGCAAGGUUACGACGCACAUAUCCAAGCCCAAUACUCAACACCCCUCCCCUCGCCGGGCUUCCCUCAAUCACAAUUUGAAGCUCAACAAACUGUCAGACAUACAUCACAGCAGUACGGCCCGGCACCACAAUACGUAUCACCACCACAUUCGCCAUCUUUCCCACCACCUCAACGAUCUGCAACAUUCCGACCACCGCAUCUAUCAUUUCCACCACCCCCCCGCUCACCUUCCUUCAUACCUCACCCGCAGUCUCCUUCAUAUCCGCCACUUCCCCAGUCUCCAGGAUACCCACCACAUACACCAGGGUUUGCACCACAAACGCCGACAUUUCCACCUCCGCCCACAUCAGAAAUCUAUCAACCUUCAGUACCAGUACCACAACCCAGAAUAAUGUCAAGUUCAGUACCGCCAGCGACGGAAACGCCGGCUCCUACAGAUCAGGAUGUGGAGUUGAUUACGAGACCGCCAGAGCCAAUUGUCGCGCCGACAUAUACACCCGGAGCUGGGAUGGAGGGGCCGAAGACUCCGCUUUAUACACCGGGUGGCGGGAGCGGGCCAAAUGGAGGGACUCAUGCGCCAGGCCAGAUUGGGCACCCAAAUCAGCAGAUUGGGAAGGAUGAAUAUCAGCAUGGACUUUGUGAUUGCUUUGGCGAUAUUCCUACUUGCUGUAUAGGAUGUUGGUGUCCAUGCAUAUUGUACUCGCGUACAAACCACAGAUUAAAAACUAUCCCCAACUCAAACCUUAAUGACUUCCACCAUUGUAAUACCCAUUGCGUUGGAUGUUGCGUCUUGGCACCAGUAUCAUGGAUAUUCACUUUUCUCCAACGUGGCCGCAUCCGGGAUAAGUACCACCUCGAAGGCACCCUCAUGAGCGACUGUGGAAAGGCUUAUUGCUGCGUCAUGUGUACGCUUGUGCAAGACGAGCGGGAAGUCAGUGAUCGUGAAGAUGAAAGGAGGAGGAACGCAGGACCAGGCAGUGGUGUAACUUCCUCGGCUGCGCUCAGAUGGUAUCAUAUAUUACUCUACUUAUUUAUGGGAAUGGGUCGGUCUUAG